GCCCUGCUCAGUGUGUGAUCAGACUUUUCUCGAGAGACUCGCUGACCCCUCGUCACAAGAGGUUUCAUUUAUCACGAUCUGACUGCCUGCGACCGGCCAGCUUUAUACAGGUGGAUUAAACGGCAGUGGAGAAACCUUCCUUUAUUUGUCUACUCCGCCUAAGGCAGCCCUACACCGUUUAGCAACGCCAGAUACGAGCACGUGCACGCGCUCUUGGGAAUAACGGCAAGACUCAAACGGGACACUUGGACACCUACACUUUGGAUUUGUAUCGCUCUCUUUAUGUUGCUGACUGAUCAGUCGUACUGAUAUGGGUGUCAGCCUAUGAUCGCCCGAGCACGGAGUCGUCGAGCGGGAGCGUCAGGACCGAGGGGAGGAGCCAUGGCGACCCUGAACAUGGCGACCAGCCGCAGACCCGCGUCUCUCCUCACCACCGGGGCCGCCGUGCUGCUGCUGGGCUGCCUGGUGCUGCCCUCGCACGCGGACAGCUUGCCAAGCUUCAUCAAAUCCCCGGAUGACCAGACCGGGAUUUCGGGAGGGGUGGCGUCCUUCGUGUGCCAGGCGGUCGGCGAGCCCAAGCCUCGGAUCACGUGGAUGAAGAAGGGAAAGAAAGUCAGCUCCCAGCGCUUCGAGGUGAUCGAGUUUGACGACGGGUCAGGGUCGGUGCUCCGCAUACAGCCCCUCCGGACGCACCGGGACGAGGCCAUUUAUGAAUGCACCGCCACCAACAGCGUUGGGGAGAUCAACACCAGCGCCAAACUCACCGUCUUGGAAGAGAACCAGAUACCUCACGGGUUCCCCACCAUCGACAUGGGCCCCCAGCUGAAAGUGGUGGAGCGGACACGCACGGCCACCAUGCUCUGUGCGGCCAGCGGGAACCCAGACCCAGAGAUCUCCUGGUUCAAGGAUUUCCUGCCCGUGGACAUCAGCGGCAGCAACGGCCGCAUCAAGCAGCUCCGCUCAGGAGCACUGCAGAUCGAGAACAGUGAGGAGUCUGACCAGGGCAAGUACGAGUGCGUGGCCAUGAACACGGCGGGGACACGCUACUCCGCCCCCGCCAACCUCUACGUGCGAGUCCGCCGGGUGCCGCCCCGCUUCUCCAUCCCGCCGACCAACCACGAGGUGAUGCCGGGGGGCAGCGUCAACCUCACCUGCGUGGCAGUGGGGGCUCCCAUGCCCUACGUCAAGUGGAUGGCGGGCUUGCAGGAGCUGACCAAGGAGGACGAGAUGCCCGUGGGCCGCAACGUGCUGGAGCUGACCAACAUCCGCGAGUCCGCCAACUACACAUGCGUGGCCAUCUCUUCGCUGGGCAUGAUCGAGGCCACCGCGCAGAUCUCUGUCAAAGCCUUGCCGAAGCCCCCCGCCUCCCUGACCGUCACGGAGACCACCCCCACCAGCGUCACGCUCACCUGGGACUCGGGGAACCCGGAGCCUGUCUCGUACUAUGUGAUCCAGUACAAGGCCAAGGCCUCGGAGAACGGCUUCCAGGAGGUGGACGGGGUGGCCACCACCCGCUACAGCAUCGGCGGCCUCAGCCCCUACUCGGAGUACACCUUCCGGGUCAUGGCGGUCAAUAACAUCGGGAGGGGCCCUCCCAGCGACCACGUGGACGCCCGGACGGCCGAGCAGGCGCCCUCCUCCCCCCCGCUGCACGUACAGGCGCGCAUGCUGAGCUCCAGCACCAUGCUGGUGCAGUGGGAGCCGCCCGAGGAGCCCAACGGCCAGAUCCGCGGCUACCGCGUCUACUACACCACCAGCCACCAGGCGGCGCUCAGCAACUGGCAGAAGCACAACACGGACGACAGCCGCCUCACCACCAUCUCCGGCCUCACCACCGACAUCACCUACAGCAUCCGGGUGCUGGGGUUCACGUCGGUGGGGGACGGGCCCCCCUCCGACGUGCUGCAGGUCAAGACCCAGCAGGGAGUGCCGGCGCAGCCGUCCAGCUUCGAAGCAGAGGCCGAGCUCGACACCCGGAUUAUGCUGACCUGGCUGUGGCCCGUCCAGGAUCCAAUCACAAAGUACGAGCUCAUGUACUGGGAGGCCGGAUCCGGGAACAAGUUCCACGUCACCUUCAACCCUGCCGGCUCCUACGCUGUGGAAGGCCUGAAGCCAGACACCCUCUAUAUGUUCUCCCUGGCAGCCCGCUCCGAAGUGGGCCUAGGGGUCUACACUCAGCCUGUAGAGGCCCGAACUGCACAGUCCACCCCCUCCGCACCCCCUCAGGAGGUGCACCUGGUCAGUCUCAGCUCCACCAGUAUCAAGGUGAGUUGGGCGGCGCCCCCCGCCGCCAGUCGGCACGGCGUCAUCGUGCGCUACACCGUGGCCUACCAGUCGGUCGGCGGGGAAGACACGGAGCGGCACGAGACGGCGGGCAUCGAGGCGGAAGCCUCCAGCCACGUGCUGGAGGGCCUCGAGAAGUGGACCGAGUACCGGGUGUGGGUGAGGGCUCACACCGACGUGGGGCCAGGCCCCGAGAGCCCCGCCAAGCUUGUCCGAACCAACGAGGACGUGCCGGGUGCCCCCCCGAGAAAGGUGGAGGCCGAGCCGGUGAACUCCACCGCCAUUCGGGUGACGUGGAAGGCACCCCUCUCGGCGAAGCAGCACGGCCAGAUCCGGGGGUACCAGGUCAUCUACUCUCGGCUGGAGGACGGGGAGCCCCACGGACAGCCCAACAUUAUGGAUGUGGCACUGCCAGAGGCCCAGUGGAAAGCUGAAGAGUCGACGGACUAUGAGGCGAUAAUAACUGGACUCCUCGCUGAGACCACGUACUCAGUCACUGUGGCAGCCUACACCACCAAAGGAGAUGGGGCCCGCAGUAAAGCCAAGGUUGUCACCACAACAGGAGCAGUCCCUGGAAAGCCCACUAUGAUGAUAAGCACCACUGCAGGAAACACGGCCCUGAUCCAGUGGCAGCCGCCCAAGGAGAUGGUGGGCGAGCUGAUCGGCUACCAGUUGCAGUACAAGCGGGCCGAGGAAGAAGCCUACACCGUCAAGGACUUCAAGAAGACGGAUUAUCACUUCACUGCCACUGGCUUGCACAAGGGAGCCACCUACGUCUUCAAACUCUGCGCCAAGAACCGUGCAGGUAACGGGGAGGAUUACGUGAAAGAAAUCACCACCCUGGAUGAUGUGCCCAGCGGCUACCCUCAGAACAUCCGUGUGGUGGGCCUCACCACCUCCACCACCACAGUGGCCUGGGAGCCCCCACUGCUUGCGGAGCGCAACGGCAAAAUCACCCAGUACCUGGUGGUGUACCGCGACAUCAACAGCCAGCAGAACAGCACCAACAGUACCGCCGACACCCAGGUCACCAUUCAGGGCCUGCAGCCUGACACCACCUAUGACAUCCGCGUGCGCGCCUUCACCACCAAGGGGGGAGGCCCCAUCAGCCCCAGCAUACAGAGCAGAACCAUGUCGACCUCUGUGCCUGAGUUUACCAAAAACUUUGGCGUGAAAGCAGUGAUGAAAACCGCGGUCCUGCUUACUUGGGAACUACCCGCAACGUAUAAAUAUCAAGUGCCUUUCAAGAUUCUGUACAACCAGCAGAGCGUGGAGGUUGAGGGGUACAUGGAGCGCAAGCUGAUCACCAAGCUGCAGCCGGACACCGACUACUCCUUCGUGUUGAUGAGCCGGGGCAACGUCGCAGGGGGCCUGCAGCAGCAGGUGUCCAUCCGCACAGCCCCCGACGUGCUCAACACCAAGCCCAACAUCCACAGCCAAAGCCAGGAGGAGGGUGGCAGGCUCACCAUCAACCUGCCCCAAGUGCUGACCAAAGCCGCUGUCAAGUGUUACUACAUUGUGGUGAUGGGAGCAGGCUACACCCAUCGCUGGGAGACCCCGGAUGAGAUGGACCUGGACGAUCUUCUUGAAGCCAGUGGGAACCCCAGCCUCAAGAGGAGGCGUCGCCGACGGACUCAUGACCCGCUAACUCCCUACAUCGCUGCCAAGCUGGAGACCUUGCCAGGCACCUUCACCCUGGGUGACCAGAAGGAGUACAACGGCUUCUACAACAGGCCCCUGAGAAGCCAGGAUGUGUACUGCUGCUUUGUGAUGGCGGCCCUGAAGGACCAAGAUUCCAAGAUGUUAGCGGCGAGCCCCUACUCUGACCCCAUCAAGGUGGAGGUCCCCACCGACAUCUCCCGCCACUCAGAGGACCCCGAGAUGCUGUGGGUGAUGGGGCCAGUGCUGGCCGUCGUCCUCAUCGUCAUCAUCGUCAUCGCCAUCCUGCUCUUCAAGAGGAAACGGGCGUCUCCCUCGGCUAAGGAUGAACACUCCGGGGGGGUGAAGGACUCGCUGUUGGCCCAUUCAUCUGACCCUGUGGAGAUGAGGAGGCUCAACUACCAAACCCCAGGUCCCAGUGCUUCCAGUUGCCCGAACACUCCAAGCAUGAGGGAGCACCCGCCCGUCUCCGUCUGCGAGCUGGCCGACCACAUCGAGCGCCUCAAGGCCAACGACAGCCUCAGAUUCUCACAGGAGUACGAGUCCAUUGACCCUGGCCAACAGUUCACCUGGGAGAACUCCAACAUGGAGGUCAACAAACCAAAGAACCGAUACGCAAACGUCAUCGCCUACGACCAUUCAAGGGUCAUCCUCGCAUCAGUAGACGGUGUGCCGGGAAGCGACUACAUCAACGCCAACUACAUCGACGGAUACCGCAAGCAGAACGCCUAUAUUGCCACGCAGGGCCCUCUACCGGAGACGCUGAGUGACUUCUGGCGCUUGGUUUGGGAGCAGCGUACCAACACCAUUGUCAUGAUGACCCGGUUGGAGGAGAAGUCCAGGAUAAAAUGUGACCAGUACUGGCCCAGCCGGGGUACGGAGACCUACGGCAUGAUCCAGGUGACCAUGCUGGACACGGUCGAGCUGGCGACCUACAGCGUGCGCACGUUCGCCCUCUACAAGAACGGAUCCAGCGAGAAGAGAGAGGUGCGGCAGUUCCAGUUCAUGGCCUGGCCCGACCACGGAGUGCCUGAAUACCCCACCCCCAUCCUGGCCUUUCUUCGCAGAGUCAAGGCCUGCAACCCACCUGAUGCUGGGCCCAUGGUGGUGCACUGCAGUGCGGGCGUGGGCCGAACAGGCUGCUUCAUUGUCAUCGAGGCCAUGCUGGAGCGCAUGAAACACGAGAAGUCGGUGGACAUCUACGGCCACGUGACGUGCAUGCGCGCCCAGCGCAACUACAUGGUGCAGACGGAGGACCAGUACAUCUUCAUCCACGAGGCCUUGCUAGAGGCUGCCACCUGUGGCAACACCGAGGUCCCCGCCCGCAACCUUUACGCCCACAUCCAGAAGCUCACCCAGGUCCCUUCGGGAGAGACCGUCACGUCCAUGGAGCUGGAGUUCAAGAGACUAGCUAAUUCCAAAGCGCAUACCUCAAGAUUCAUCAGUGCCAACCUGCCCUGCAACAAGUUCAAGAACCGCCUGGUGAACAUCAUGCCCUUCGAGUCCACCCGUGUGUGUCUGCAGCCCAUCCGAGGCGUGGAGGGCUCAGACUACAUCAACGCCAGCUUCAUAGACGGAUACAGACAACAGAAGGCCUACAUCGCCACGCAGGGGCCUCUGGCGGAGACCACCGAGGACUUCUGGAGGAUGUUGUGGGAGCACAACUCCACCAUUGUGGUGAUGCUGACCAAGCUGAGGGAGAUGGGCAGGGAGAAAUGCCAUCAGUACUGGCCCGCCGAACGCUCCGCCCGGUACCAGUACUUCGUGGUGGACCCCAUGGCGGAGUACAACAUGCCCCAGUACAUCCUGAGGGAGUUCAAGGUCACAGACGCCAGGGACGGUCAAUCCAGGACCAUUCGCCAGUUCCAGUUCACUGACUGGCCCGAGCAAGGUGUGCCAAAAACGGGGGAGGGAUUCAUCGAUUUCAUCGGGCAAGUGCACAAAACCAAGGAGCAGUUUGGACAGGAUGGACCAAUCACUGUGCACUGCAGUGCGGGCGUGGGCAGGACUGGCGUCUUCAUCACCCUCAGCAUCGUGCUGGAGCGCAUGAGGUACGAGGGCGUGGUGGAUCUCUUCCAGACUGUCAAGACGCUGCGCACCCAGCGGCCAGCCAUGGUGCAGACAGAGGACCAGUAUCAGCUGUGCUACAGAGCCGCCCUGGAGUACCUCGGGAGCUUCGAUCACUAUGCAACGUAACCACUUCCGGGCAGCUGGGACCUCUUCUCUUCUCACCCGCCCGAUCCUGUACAAAGAGCUGCCCGAGGAGGAGGCGAGGCACGGAGCACGAGCAGAGAUUCGGCUGGCCAACCCUCCACGAAAAGCGGUCCGCCCGGACCGGCACAAUGAAACGGCUUUUAAACCCUCCCCAGAAAAACCACAGCCUUCGACAGCAUUCUGGCCACCGCCCUGCGGCCUGCCACAUCCCUCCCCCGUCAUACUUACGCAACUGGUAGCACAUAAUAAUUGGGCUUUUUUUUAAAAUAAUCAUUAUCACCGACAUUAUUAUUAUUAUUAUUAUUAUUAUUAUUAUUAUUAUUACUAUUAUAGCCAUUGUUAUUAUGACAUACUGUAAUUUUGAUUAUUAUUAUUUUUUAUAAUCAUUUACACUGGUUAUAUUCUUUUCUAAGUCUUAAAGGCCAAGUGGGUCUGUGUUCCUAUUGCCGGUACUAUUUUUUAAUUUAAUUUUUUCAAACUUUUUGUAGGUUAUUUUAGCACAAAGGACAUGUAUUUUUAGCAUGUCCUUAUAUACUAAUACUGGAGAGCCACUAUUCUCUGAGCUGCUGUUGAUUUUAUUUUUUACCAUGAUUAUAUAAUUCAAAUCUUUCUCCUUUUCUUGUGCAUAAUUGGUCUUUUCCAGGGGAACAGGGGACAAACUUUUAUAAGCCUUUUCACUUCCUGGUACUUUCUAGAAAGAUUCAUUAUCAAAGAAAAAAAGAUUUAAAAAGCAUAUCCCAGAGUUAGUGGUAUCAUAUUAAUCCGUUAAGUACAAAAACUGAAUUUAACCAAUGAAAAAAAAAAAAAUCAGCCAUGUACAGAUUCUAGCUUUGCUCUCGAUAGCUGUUAACUGUGAUUUCAAGGAACACCCGUUGCUUAAAGACCUUUACAAGCAGCGGAAAGAGGGCAGGGAUUGGGGACCAGGGACAUGGCCAUCCAACUCCUGCGACUGUUGGUCAAUACCCCCCCCCCCCUUAUUCCUGCCACCUGUCAUGCCCAAGAGUUGGGAAAAAUGACAGGAACCAGAAGGAGAAGCAGAGAGACUGCUCCUUCUUCAAAAGUGGAAGCCCAUGGGGGCAUAUAUACAAUGACAUACUCCAGCAAGCAAGACGCCUCUUUCUUGGACUGGCCUGCUAUUAUCUUCAUUUUUUAUAAAUAAUAUAUACAGCACAGUUCUUGUAUAUAUUGUUUAUAAAUUCAUACAGUUCUUGCUCUCCUGCAAAAGCAUGAACUAUAAUUAUUCCACCUGCAAAUAUUGCAGGAUUAAAAAAAUGUUUUGCAAACCAACAAACAGGAUCAUGGCAAGGACGUCGUCCUUGAAUCUGUAAUGGUACAAUGUUAUAACUACUGAAUUACCACAUCGCCCUCACUGGACGGUCUCCUUCGAGCACUUAGGUGAAGCAGCACAAAAUGGAUGGUGGAGGAUUUCUACAUUUAAUCAGCGUUUCCUUCUUGAAUGGGUAGAGUUUUUGCGGAGCAAGGCAAAUUUGGAUCCGAGGAGCCGGAGACGUCGGCGAAAGCGUUCGUUUUUACCUUGUGUAUGCAUAGUGCUGUAGGGGUUCAAUCUGUUGUAUACACAGUCUGUUUUCUAUUUGUUAAUAAAAAAUGAAGAAAAAAAACGUCGCAAAAACCUUGAUGUUAAUAAAGUUGAAUAAUUGGGUUUUAUACAA